UCCUUCUCCUGUUUAAACCUCAGCAGAUUUAGUGAGCGCUUGGCAACCCGGUAAGGCGCAUUGAAAGCGAUUUGGAAAAGAAAACCCAGACUGACGAAGAGAAAUCUCAAAGGACUUGUUCCCUUGUUUCCAGAGACACUCUUGUUACUUUUUACAUCAAUAAAAUCCUCCAUACAGCUGAUGACCUCGACUAUGAUGGCCUGAUAUUUCAUAACAUUAAUCACAAAUACGUCUCUGCGAGUAGAACGAGUAUAAACUCCUCAGGUGCCGCAACACAUUUCUUCAUCACCAACAAAAUGGAAGACACUUUCAAAGACGAGAUUCGGACUAAUAAUGUCCAGGGACUAUGAAGAGCCUGGCAAUUCAGUAGGGAUGUUGGCAGCAGUGGAACAUGGUCCUGUCCUCUGCAGUGACUCCAACAUCCUCUGCCUAUCAUGGAAAGGAAGGGUUCCCAAAAGUGAGAAGGAAAAGCCGGUGUGCAGGAGACGCUACUAUGAGGAAGGCUGGUUGGCCACCGGAAAUGCAAGGGGUGUUGUUGGAGUGACUUUCACUUCCAGUCACUGUAGGAGGGACAGGAGUACUCCACAGAGAAUUAAUUUCAAUUUAAGAGGCCACAACAGUGAGGUUGUCCUUGUCCGCUGGAAUGAGCCAUUUCAAAAGCUUGCUACGUGUGACAUGGAAGGGGGGAUAUUUGUAUGGAUACAGUAUGAGGGGCGAUGGUCUGUGGAGUUGGUUAAUGAUAGAGGAGCUCAGGUAAGUGACUUUACCUGGUCCCAUGAUGGAACUCAGGCCCUGAUUGCCUACAGAGAUGGCUUUGUCUUGGUGGGCUCAGUCAGUGGCCAGAGGCAUUGGUCAUCUGAGAUCAACCUUGAGAGUCAAAUCACCUGUGGAAUAUGGACCCCUGAUGACCAACAGGUGUUAUUUGGAACAGCAGAUGGGCAAGUAAUUGUGAUGGACUGUCAUGGUCGGAUGCUUGCUCAUGUUCUUCUACAUGAGUCCGAUGGCAUUGUGGGCAUGUCCUGGAACUGCCCUGACUUCCUGGUGGAAGACAGCACUGAGAGUGAUACGGACUCUGAUGACAAUACCCCAAGUCAAGCACGUAAUGUGAAGCCCCUUCUUACAGUAAGCUUCAUAUCUGGAGACAUAAGUCUAAUGAACAACUAUGAUGACCUUUCCCCUAACAUUAUCCACUCAGGACUAAAAGAUGUGGAGGUGCAGUGGUGCUCUCAGGGAGACUUGUUAGCUGUAGCUGGAAUGGAGAGACACGGGUUGCCUUCUGACUCAGCCUGUUCCUCCAUGAUAAGGAAUGCCCUAGUCAAGUUCUACAAUGUCCAAGGAGAACAUAUAUAUACUUUGGAAACACCUGCGCAGAGGCCCAUCACUACUAUAUGCUGGGGCCACAGGGACUCACGGUUGUUCCUAGCUUGUGGUCCAGCACUGUAUGUUGUACGGGUUGAGCACAGGGUGGCCAGCCUCCAGCUGCUGUGUCAGCAGGGCAUAGCCAGUGCCCUAAGAGAGGAGAGAGAUGUGAGCAAACUGAACAUGCCAUCUCUCCUCUGUUCCUACGUUACCAGUGCAUUCAUACCAACAAUCAAGCCUCCUAUUCCUGAUCCAAACAACAUCCGUGACUUUGUUAGCUACCCCACAGCUGGAAAUGAGAGAUUGCAUUGUACAAUGAAGCGUGCUGAAGAGAAUCCAGAGGCAGGAGGCCCAUGCUAUACGCUCUAUUUGGAGCACUUGGGGGGUUUGGUCCCUAUUCUUAAAGGCCGUCGUAUCAGCAAACUGCGUCCAGAGUUUGUUAUAAUGGACCCCAAAAUGGACAGUAAGACAGAUGAUGUCUGUGUGAAUGGUAUGUUAUCCUACAUGACUGACAGCUGCAACUGCUCUGACUCUAGUGACAUUGAGUUGAGUGAUGAAUGGGUCGAAAGGAAGUCACCUAAACUUUCUAGAGGAAACAGGUCUCCCAAACUUCCAAGAAUCAAUAUGGAAUCAAGAAAGUCUCCCAAACUUGCCCAAACAUCCCAAGAAUUAUCCAGGUCUCCAAGAUUACCAAAGAAAGCUACUAUACGAUCUCCAAGUCUCACUCGCAGAGAGUUUCCAGUAGAUGGAAUAAGUGAGCAUAAUUAUCUGGCUCAAGUCACCUCUAAUAUUUGGGGUACGAAGUUUAAGAUUGUGGGACUUGCUUCUUUUUUGCCAGCAAAUUUGGGUGCAGUUAUCUACAAAACCAGUUUGUUGCACUUGCAACCACGUCAGAUGACAAUCUAUCUCCCGGAGGUCCGUAAAAUUUCCCUUGACUUCAUGAGUCUCCCAGUCUUCAAUCCCAAUGUGUUUAGCGAAGAUGAAGAUGAUUUACCAGUCAUGGGUCCUUCAGGGGUGUCCGGUGAUAAUCCUCCCUGCACAGUUAAUAUUCCCAUUGCUCCUAUACAUAGUCCUGCUCAAGCCAUGUCGCCCACACAGAGCAUAGGACUUGUGCAGUCUCUCUUAGCAAAUCAGAAUAUUCAGCUUGAUGUCCUGACCAAUCCCACAGCCACUGCAGCUGCUGCAGCGGCGGCAGCAAAGGCAGCAGUUCCUGAUCAUGGUGCAGACAAUGUGACAGCGCAGUACACUGUGCCAGCAAGAUACUCUAGUCCUGGACAGGUUAUCUUUAGUGGCCUUGAAAUGGGUAACCUGAGUUUGAGUGGAACACUCCCACCACCACCACAUCAUUUGCCACCACAACCUCCUCAACAGCAACGUCAACAGCAACAAGAAGAUCAUCAUCAAACAUCAAAACAUCAGCAGCAGGCGCAAACACAACAGCAGCAUCUGAAGUUGCACCAGCAAGCACAGCAACAGCAGCACCAACAACCAAUGCAACAUCAUCAACAGCAGCACCAACAACCAAUGCAGCAUCAUCAACAGCAGCACCAACAACCAAUGCAGCAUCAUCAACAGCAGCACCAACAACCAAUGCAGCACCAUCAACAGCAGCACCAACAACCAAUGCAGCAUCAUCAACAGCAGCACCAACAACCAAUGCAGCAUCAUCAACAGCAGCACCAACAACCAAUGCAUCAUCAACAGCAGCACCAACAACCAAUGCAGCAGCAUCAUCAACAGCAGCAUCAACAACCAAUGCAGCAGCAGCAUCAUCAACAGCAGCACCAACAACCAAUGCAGCAGCAUCAUCAACAGCAGCACCAACAACCAAUGCAGCAGCACCAACAACCAAUGCAGCAUCAUCAACAGCAGCACCAACAACCAAUGCAACAUCAUCAACAGCAGCACCAACAACCAAUGCAACAUCAUCACCAACAGCACCAACAACCAAUGCAACAUCAUCAACAGCAUUUGCAGCACCAACAACAAAUGCAAACCCAGCAUCAUCAGCAAAUUCAACAGCACAUACAACAACAGCAUCAACAGCAAAUGCAACAGCAGCAGCAUCAAAUACAGCAGCAGCAACUACAGCAACAUCAGCAAAUGCAACAGCAGCAAUUGCAACAGCAAAUACAUCAGCAGCAAGUCCAACACCACCAUCAGCAAAUACAACAGCAGCAGCAUCAGAUACACCUCCAGCAUGAGCAAAUGCAGCAGCAGCAACAACAAAUUCGCCAACAGAUUCAAGAAAUGAGACAGCAGCAGCAACAGCUUCAGCAGCAGCAUCAGCAAAUGCAGCAGCAACAUCAACAGAUGCAAAGACAGCAUCAACAAAUGCAGCAACAACUCAAAAUGCAAAUAUCCUUACCACCUCCUCCUUCAGGAUAUGCCCCUAUUUCCAUGCAUCAGCUCCAGAUGAUGCCUGCAAUUCCUCACCCAGACCAACCACCAGAAAGAGCAGAGCAAUCACACACUCUGAAAGUCCCUUCUAGACCACAGUCUUUUAUUGAAAAUGACAACUCUCUUGAAAUUCAAAUGCGUAAAAUGAAUCCUCCACCACCAUACCCUGGCACGGUGGUAUCUGCAGCAACGGCAGGUCCCCCAGUCCAGCCAGGUCUAAUUAGUAACAAUGAGAACAAUAACACACUGGCAGCAGACCCGUGCCUAUCAAAGGAUGAGUUUUCUCUUCACCCAGUGAGCAUCCAGUACCCAACACCUCUUGGUUAUGAAAGGAUAACAACGUUUGACAGCAGUGGAAAUGUGGAGGAGGUGUGUCGCCCACGGAGACGUCUUAUACGAAACCAGAAUGCCUAUGGCUUGCAAGGAAUGGGCAGUUCGGCUACAUUGAAAGUCACCUCAUCUGAAAAUAAGAAGGUCCAGCUUCCCUAUAGCUCAGCAACUCUCAGUCGCCUUUCAGUGCCUCGGUAUUCCAUACCAAGUGGAGAUCCUCCACCAUAUCCAGACCCUGCUAAUCAAAUCAAUGUCACUAGGAGUCCGACACAAAGGAUCGACAGCAGUCUUAUCCAUGCUACGCUACGACGGGAUCGGAGAGAAAAUGCUCUGAAAGUUCCUCAAAUGGUGGAUACAGCAAGGACUCUACCAACAAAAUCUAAAGUGAAUAGUGCCCUUGCACAUUCUUACCAGCCCAGGAUCCCCACAGCUUUGUACACUUGCACUCAGUGCAGCAGUAACAGCAGCAGCACAAGUGUAAGUGUCAGUGGUGGUGGAAGCAACAGCAGUGGCAUUGCAGGGGGCACCGUAGUGCGGCAGGAUUUUCCCCCUGGCAAAGGGGCACAACAUAGUACCAUAAUUGUGCAUUCUAAAAGUGCUUCAACUCUGGCUUCACAGUCUUCUUACAACCUACUGAGCCCUGUUGACAAUAGUAGAGACAGGACGGUGUACAUCAACUCUGCUUUUACUGAAGAUGAGACUCUAAACCAGCAGUGCCACUUGGAAAAAUCAAUGCGCCAUUUAACUCUCGGAGAUGUAAGUUUAACAGUGAAGCGGCCACCACCUUACCAGUGGGAUUCUCCUGCUUCAGAUCAAAUAUGGAUGGCCCAGGAUCAAAAUAUGCUGACCAGCCCAUCAGGACCUCACAAACCACCCCAUCUUUUACUCAGCCAAGCACAGCACUUAGACAUAACUCGACUACCUUUUGUUCUUUCAACAAAGCCUCCCUCUAGUCCCAAUUCUAUGACCCUGCCAUCACCCUAUCAGGUUUCACUUUCACCUUUUCCCCCUGGUAUGGGCCACAGUGGUCCUCAGUUUCAGUCAUUGCAAAGUACUCCACAGCCAUGUAGCCCCAGUGACAUGGUAACAUCAAUUCCAUUUAACCAACAGGAUCCAGCUCUUGUUUUGCCCCCUGGCUAUGCAAAUAAUCUGGCCAGUCUACCCUGUUGCCCGCUCCCACCCAUGUAUCCUGGGGCCAGCUCAUGCACCAACCUUCAGCUUCAUCCAAUGGCCUUACAUCCCUGGAGCACGUACAGUGCUUGCCCUCCCAUGCAGGAUCACUCAGCAACUUUACCAAGUAAAAUGCAUCAGAGUCUGGAGAAACCCAUUCUCUCACCCCCACCCCCUCCGCCGCCACCACCACCACCACCCCCUCCUCCCCCACUUCCCCCUCCUCCUCCUCCAGCUGAACUUAUGGCUCACCAAAGCACCUCAGAGGUUUUAGCUGACUCUGGUGAGAGUUUUCAGGAACAGUCCUCACUUAAUGAGAGUCCAGUACAACAGGGGUCCGACAGGUUCAGCAAAAAAAGUCGCAAGAGACUCGACAGCAGGGCAGAGGAAGCAGGUAUGUCCACUGUUUCUGAGACCAAAUCAAAAAAGGAAGGCCGUGCUCUGGCUGACUUCAAUUCUCUUAUUGCCAGCCCAAGGCUUGGUGGCCGAGAGAAAAAGAAGCCUAAAGGGCAAAAGGAGCAACUGAACAAGGCCAAAAAGCUGAGCAGGACCACAAAUGAGUUCCAAGACAGCUCUGAAAGUGAACCUGAACUUUUCAUUAGUGGUGAUGAACUAAUGAAUCAAAGCCAGAGCAGCAAGAAAGGUUGGAAGAGCAAACGCAGCCUGCGCACAGCAAAUGAACUGGAGGAGAUUAAGUGCCGCAAGGCAAAUGAGAGAGAAGAUCGGAGCCUUGGCAGUCAGGGCUUUGUGUAUGUCAUGGCCAACAAACAGCCAUUGUGGAAUGAAGCUACCCAAGUCUACCAGCUUGACUUUGGUGGAAGAGUGACACAGGAAUCGGCCAAAAAUUUUCAGAUUGAGCUGGAUGGACGACAAGUGAUGCAGUUUGGCAGAAUCGAUGGUAAUGCAUACAUCCUGGAUUUUCAGUAUCCGUUCUCAGCUGUGCAAGCAUUUGCUGUCGCGCUGGCUAAUGUCACUCAGAGGCUUAAAUAAAGGACAGUAAUGGCCAUCCUGUGCAAGACAACACAAUUUGCUGAUUAUAUAUUCUGAAUUCUGAAUAACAAUGGACAGCGCUCUAUGUUGCCAAUAAAUAUGGUACUGCUUGUGUUGGACCAGGGUGUAAAGGUAACAGUCAGAGGAAUGUGGCCAGAAACAUAGCAUACUUGAGAGUGAAAAGGUACAUAAUGGUUAAAAUAAUCAUUAUUUUGUUAACUUUAUGGUAAGAAGACAAAAAGAAAAAGUAAAAAGAAUGCAGGACCAGUGCUUGAUUAAAGCUAGUAAAGAUAAGUUCCUAGUUUUGAUUUUUCUUUUAGCGUGUGUGUAUAUGUUUCAUAACAUUAAUAUACGAAAGGCUAAAUAAUGAUUUGCAUGCAAACCUAUGCUGAUUUAGUUCCCCUGUGGUGGUGAUUCCCUUACUGGCGGGUUUUUUUUUGUUGUUUUGUUUUGGAGUUUUUUUUUUUUUGCUGCAGGUUGUUUUCCAACUGUGAGUGGUAAUAUGAAUUUUACAGAUUAUGUACUAAGGAGGAGGAUGCCAUGAGUGAAAAAGAUUUUUUUGAAAUUAUUUUGACUGUUCUAUCUAUUGUAUCUCAUUUAUGUGUGAUGUUACAUGAAUCAGAUAUUAGUACUAUUAACUUCAACAUCUCAUUGCAAGUUAAUUGAUUUGACUUUUUUAGUCUUAUUUUAUCACUUUUUGUAAUGGCAGCAGUUUUCUAUCACUAUAAAACUCUUAAAUAGACGUUGAUCAUGAACCAGGUGGUGUUAAACCAUAUUUGAAUCACUGUAAUAUGUAGAUCUGUAAAAUAACACCAUACGUUUCAUUACAUCUCCCCACAUGAGCAUGUGGUUUUCACUUAAAUAUGGAUUUUUGAACAAUAUGUUCACAAUUUGCUUUGUUAAUUUCACCUGAAAAUUCUGAGUCUAAAUGUGUACGAUUUAUUUUGGCAUUGUAAUGUGCAAAUGAAACUUUAGAAAAUAGACUUGGCAUAGUUUUGAUCAAGGUACUACCACUCAGAGGAUAAUAGAACUGAAUAUAAACCUCUAAAGAAUGGCUACAGUGGUGGAUGGGAUAUACAUUUUCUCAUUUAAAUAAUAAAAAAAAAAUGGUGUGUGGGUUUUUUUUAAGGUAAUUUAAGAAAUGUAUUGAUUUCAUUAUUCAGUGUGAUUGACUUUUCAUGACCUUAGUAGUUCUGUAUGAGAGUUGGUCUGGCAUUUUGUCUUCUCCCUUCUAGAAGCUAAGGUCAGGAUUUGUUUAUUUGGCAGUGCCACACUGUCACAGUCAGGACAAGAUCCAAUUGGUCCUAUAUGUUUACUCAAAUCAGUAAAUAUCUGGUGUGUGUGUGUGUACACACACCUCAGCUUUCUUAUAUAAUUUGAGCUGUUAUGUUGAUUUUUAUAUUUUGGUUGUACAUUAACCAUUGGCUGAGAGUAUAGGUGUUGACAGAUGGUUGAUAUGAUCAUUUUCCUGUUUUUGGUGUAUAUGCUUUGAUGAUUUGCAAAUUGAACAAUUUCUAAUCUGUUAUACUAGAGUAUUCAGGCCCAAUUUGAAUUGUGUGGAAUGUGAGGCUUUAACUGUGCUAAUGCUUUACUAUUGUAAUGUACAAUAAACCAUGAUGAGCUUGUAAUAUUAA